CUCCGGUAUUUCCUCGGAGAUGCAAACAUCAUCGUUGUUUUGAUGAGGGAGAUGUCAGGCGACUUGGCCGGACGUUUUCGCUGUUGAAUAACUCUGAUCAUAUUGGUUAAUAAUUUUGGUCAACAUGAGGUUAACUUUACGCAUCCAAAUUGGACUCGACUUUUAUGAGUUUUUGAAGGAGACUGAUCGAGCAUUAAUCGAAGACAGACUUGAACUAAGAGAAAUUUAUAACACUGAGUUCAGGAACAGGAAUCCAGGGACCAAAGACCCAAACUUUGGUUCAGUCCUAUAUGCCCUGAAAACGUCUGGCAAAAUAACCAGACGAAGAGACACCAUUCGCUUCAACGCCACGGUCAGAGCUCUUUAUGUGGACCAGUGGCACUCACCCAGGGGCUGUCAGCGACAGCCUGUGCAGAAUGGAGCAGCCAGUCCCGGGCCAGCGCAGAACUUCACCCCUCCAGAUGAAGCUGAGACAGGGGUUCGAGCCCGGAGGAAACUGGCUAAUCUUCUGAUGGUGAAACUGAAGAAACAGAGGACUCAGUUCAUCUCUGACAAAAAUGGCAUCAGCAUCACCUCCGACCAUCAGUUUCUGAACGGCAAACUUUGCUUGUGUGUGGCAGACACAUAUGAGUACAAGGUAAAUCUGAAUGUGAAAAACACUGGAACAGAACCUGUGAUUUUCACCUACUACACUCCACUGCACUGGCUCCCAUACUUGAGUCUGAAUGAUGAGCUCAAAGUGACCAAAAUAAACCCUCUGACCCUCAAACCAGGUGACAGCUAUGAAAUCAAGGUUUACUUUCAGUGCAAAUGGGUUGGUUUCUAUCCAGCUACACUGGCCUUUGAAUUCAAACCAGACCUGGGGCCCUCCUCCUCUCCAUUCCACAUUGUGCGCUUUAUUGAGACGCAGUGCAUAACAUCCUUAGGAAUGGAGCUGGCACCUACAGCACCCUACAGACCUCGGCCCCUUCCUGACUGGACCCCUGAAGUUGAUUACACAAUUGUGGAUGGGCAGCGACCUGACGGGCUGUCUGUGAUACAGCUUGAAACUGUGGUAAUGCUGAAAAAGUAUAGAAUACCACCAUAUGUGAACCAGCUCAUCCAGUUACUGAAGCAGUCUAAUGUCUUCCCUGAUACAAGAAGAGCCUUGCUGGAAAGUCCCUUGAGCUGGGAGACAUACACUGAGAAGCUACAGCUGCUGCUGUAUCUGGAGGAGCUUCAGAUGAACGUGGACAUCAGGAAGUACAACAUCCCCAACAGAGAUAAAGAAUACUCCGUCAUGUCCAGAGACCCGGUCAACAAGACACUUCUUGUUCUGGAGGUACCUGGUGUGUCUGAGAACCGCCCGUCUGUGCUACGAGGAGAUGAGCUGCUGGUGUGUCCUAUAGGAGAAACAGGGGUGAAGUACCGCGGCUAUGUCCACAGUGUGCAGCUGGACAGCAUCAAACUGGGCUUCGGCGCAAAAUUGCUGGAUCGUUUUGUAGAUGGAAUGAAGUUCAGUGUUGAGUUCACUUUCAACCGCCUGACUCUGCAACUUCAGCACAGAGCAGCGGAGCUGGCAACUCAGCACGGACUGAGAAGGGUGUUGUUCCCUGCUGUGCCUGCCUACCCUGCUCAACGAGCUGAGCUUCCCAACCUCAGGCUGUUUGACUUGCAGCUGGAGAAAAACCCAGAGCAGUACCAAGCAGUACGCCAAAUUGUCGCUGGCUCAUCCAGACCUGCCCCUUACCUGGUGUUUGGCCCACCUGGAACAGGCAAAACUGUGACUCUGGUGGAGGCCAUCAAGCAGAUAGAAAAGACCCAGGCCUACUGCCACAUCCUAGCCUGUGCUCCCAGCAACAGCGCUGCUGAUCUGCUCUGCAAGAAGAUUCUGGUCCACGUGGAUGGGCGUAAAGUGUACCGCAUGUACGCCAGAAGCUGGGACCCAAAAUGUGUCCCACAAGAGCUAAAGGCAUGCUCUAACCUGGAAGGGGAGUGUUACAUUUUCCCUCCUAAAGAGAAGCUGAUGCAGUAUAAGAUCAUGGUCACCACCCUGUUCACUGCUGGAAGGCUAGUCACAGGAGGCAUUCCUGAGGGACAUUUCACUCAUGUGUUUGUGGACGAGGCAGGGCACGCUGUGGAGACCGAAUGUUUAAUCCCAUUGGCAGGGCUGCUCCAUGCAGAGACUGGUCAGGUUGUUCUGGCUGGAGACCCCAAACAACUCGGGCCCAUUCUGAGAUCCCCUUUUGCACUGAAAUAUGGCAUGGGAGUUUCCCUCUUGGAGCGCAUGAUGAAUGAUUUCUCUCUGUACCAGAAGGACAAUGGCAUGUUCAACAAUUGCUUUGUCACCAAACUGCUGUGCAACUACAGGUCCCAUCCUGCCAUUCUGAAGAUUCCCAACGAGCUCUUCUAUGACGGAGAGCUGCAGUGUCAUGCGGAUGAAAUUUUACGCAACAGCUACUGCAGAUGGGAACAUCUUCCACAGAAGGACUUCCCACUGAUCUUCCAUGGGGUCACUGGUGUUGAUGAGCGUGAGGCCAGUAGUCCUUCAUUCUUUAACAGAGCAGAGGUGGAGGUGCUGAUGGACUACGUCAGGAAACUGCUGCAGCCACAUGGCAAGAGGGGCCUGGCAACCAUCUCAGCCAAAGACAUAGGCAUCAUCGCCCCCUACAGGAAACAAGUGCAGAAAAUCCGUAGGGCCCUGGAAAAAGUUGGAAAAGACCUCAAGUUUAAGGACAUGAAUGCACUUAAGGUUGGAUCAGUGGAGGAGUUCCAGGGUCAGGAGAGGAGAGUCAUCCUGGUGUCUACAGUUCGGAGCAGCCCCAAUUACGCAGAGAUAGACAAACAGUUCAACUUGGGCUUUGUCAAGAAUGAGAAGAGAUUCAACGUGGCUGUGACUCGAGCCAAAGCCCUGCUUAUUGUGGUGGGAAACCCCAGAGUGCUGAGCACAGAUCCUACCUGGGCCUGCUUCAUCAAGUACUGUAGGGAUAAAGGAGGCUACGAAGGCUUUGUUAAUGCAGAGGAAGACGAGGACUUGGUGGAGAGACUGGCUGCGCUCUGCAUCGACAUUGGAGCUCAAGUGGAGACUGCAGAGAGUGUCGUUCAGCAGCAUCUGGACCCAGAGUGGAGGAGCGACCUGUGAACAAAUGGAAAACCCACACUUCCAUCCUUAUCACUUGGAGGGACUCAUUUGGCUUUUAGUUUGGGAUAUUGACUCACCAGAUACCUGAAACAAAAGGUUAAAAAAAAAUCAACAUAUAUAUACUCAGGGUACAGUGGCAACUUUCCACAUUAUAUGUGUGUGACAGCCAGUAUUCACAUGGAAAAAUAUCAGAAUAUCUCUUUAAUGUCAGGUCCUUUCAUAGGGAGGGGACUUAUGUUUCAAGCAUAGUUUGUCUUUGGCUACUUCAGUGGUCUGUAUUAACACCACUUUCAAACAGUUUCACUUGAAAUAACUGAGAACCAAAAAAAAAACAAUCAAGAAUAUCCAUCUCAGAGUUAUUUGAUAGUUAACUUUUCUCGGUCAUUACUGUUCUUUUACAAUCGUGUUGUUUUAUGAUGAUUUGCUGAUUCACUGAAGCACCUGUCCAGCAGGGCAAAUUUGAAUGGUGAGCCAUACAGGAAUAGGAUAUCUAUUUUUGAAUCACAAUUACUAAAUUACCGCUAGUUUCAUUCAUGUUAACCAGAUGAAAAGUGUGUAUGGCCUAUUUUGUGACUUAAAAAAAAAAUCUAAGAAGUGCACUCAAUGUCCAAACUUCUUUUCCAUCAGGUCAUUCAAACCAAAGCUACAAAUAGUUGUGAUGAUUUACUUUUGGUUUUCUGUUAAAUGGCAAAAUUUACACUCUGGAUUUUGAUACCAAACAGAAAUUAAUUUUGACUAAUUCCUGUCUUGGACUCAGAAAAAACACAAAUAUGAGAGAUGUUUUGAUAUACUUUGGAAAUGACAAAUUUUAAGUAUUUGCAAUAAACAGUGCAUUAAAGCCA